CCUCUGCCUACUUAGUCCAAGAAGCUUUUAUUGCCCGAGCGCCCAUGGUCAGGCUCCAGCUGCUCAUUGAUCUCUCCGGAACGCUGCACAUUGGCGAUCAUGAGGUUGCGGGUGCGGCAAAGGCGCUAAAGAGGCUGCAGCAGGCUGCCGCUGCGCUUUCGUCAUCAACAUCAGCAGCAUCGUCGCCGACGACGCUGGCUGCGGAGAAGGGCGGCUUCAGUUCAAUCAAGCUUCGAUUCUGCAGCAACACAACAAAGGAAAGCACGCAGGAUCUCCAAGCUCGGCUUGUCCGCGCAGGCUUCGAUCCCAAAGAUGUCCCUGCCUCGUCGAUCCUGACGAGCCUCGAGGCGUGUCGACGCAUGUGCGUCGCCCAGCGAUGGCGUCCGCUCCUGCUCCUCACGCCGUCUGCCCAAGCAGCCUUUUCCUCGCCUUCCGCAACAGCAAGCUCAUCAGAAUCCAUUGCGGGCGACUGCUUUCUUCCUGCUAAAGAGCGGCCGCCAAGCUCGCUCUCCGACGAGGAGCGCGCCAAGCUCAGGUCGUGCGAUACCGUCGUCGUUGGGCUGGCACCGGAUCUGUUUGGGGCCGCAUGGAUGGACGAGGCCUUUCGCAUCCUCGCGGGCGAGUAUGCUAGUGACUCAUCAGGGACAAGUAAGACGAGGCUCGUUGCGACCCAUCGAGCCCUCUACUACCGGCCAGGUCCUUCCGAACCGCUCUCUCUGGGGCCCGGGGCCUACAUCGCAGCCCUCGAGGCCGCCAGUCGGAGAGAGGCGAAGGACACAGUCGUCUGUGGAAAGCCCAGUGCCGCUUUUUUUCAGACCUGCCUCGACGAAAUGGCUGCGUCUCCACCGGAAAAUGGACAGAGCGCGAAUACAAUAGACAAAGACGAGGAGGAGCGCAACAUUGUCAUUGGAGACGAUGUCGAAGCUGACUUGGGCGGAGGCGCAAUCGAGAUGGGCCUCGAGAGAGUCUUGGUCAGGACAGGCAAGUACAGGAAAGGAGACGAAGACCGGGCAGCCGUUCCCGUCACCACGUUUGAUUCAUUUGCACACUUUGUAGACGAUCUUUUGCCAUAGAGAGGAGCAUCACCACCACCCAUCUAGAUGUAAGAAACGGAAGAGUCCAUUAUACAUGCGCGCUGCUGCAUCCUCGCUCGCACCCCUCCCAGAUCUAAGACCCGGUUUUGGUAGGCCGAUUCUCCGCUUUCACCGGGGUUUCACUAUUUUUCAAAAGUUCAAU